AUGGGCAUAAAAGUUUCAUCAAAGAUCAAAAGGAUUCUCGCAUCCACAGCAUCCGGGACUUCAAGUCCCAAAAUUGGUGAUGACGUGGAUGUUCUCGAAGAAUAUGCAAACACCUUCCGUACAGAAUCAUACAAUCAAUUUUGGACACGUGUUAUGUGCCUACGCCACAAAAAAUCUACCGUGCCUUCUUCUUCACCAAUUGAAUCAUCCUCCACGUCAGCUCGUCUCAUGUCGUACCGUCUCUUCGCACAUAAUCUCCUAGACCCUGACUCGAGCACCAUCACCCGGAUCCUAGAUCUAUCCCGGGUCGGACGAUCCACCAGAAUUCUUCUCUCUGAUUACUUCUUAGAAACGGCAAACGCUUUCUUGCUUUGCACGCUACUACUCAAAAAUAUUCAUCGCCUUCGUUCUAAAUACGAAUCUUUAAAACCUAAAUUUCAAUCGGAGUAUAAUGAUUCGUUGGCUUUAGUGGAUCAAUUCACGGAGCUAUCAAGAUGGUUCGAACCGUUUACCUCGUCGGGUUCUCGGAUCCAGUUAACCAGAUCCGACUGUUUAAACCUGCUCAAACGGCUAGAGUCGAGCCGAGACAAGACACGAGCCAAGCUAAAACUCAUCAAAGGACUAACUCAUAGCUCAGGGAUUCUUGUUUUGGCUCUAGCCACUACAUUGAUUGUAACCAUAGCUUCUCACACCUUUGCUUUGUUUAUAGCCGGUCCAACUCUUUUAACCGGUCGAUUCAAACCGAUCGGUUUAAGGAAUAAGCUGAUGAGGAAUGCGGCUCAGCUCGAUGUGGCUGCGAAAGGGACGUACAUUUUAAGCCGUGAUUUGGACACGAUAAGCCGAUUAGUGACUCGGAUUGACGAUGAAGUGGAGCACGUACGAGCCAUGGCUGAGUUUUGGGUUGGGAGAGGAUCAGGUUUGGUUCGAGCCGGUGAAGAAGUGGCUCGAGAGUUGAAAAGAUGUGAAGAAAGCUUUAGUGAAGAGCUUGAUGAGCUUGAAGAACAUAUCUACUUGUGUUUUAUGACUAUUAAUCGGGCAAGGAAUCUUGUUGUUAGAGAGAUUUUGAAUUCAGAUGAUCCCCCUGAUUGUUCAUUAGCUCCCAAAUCCAAAUAG